UGAUGGCUGGUAACUAGUAAGGAAUCAAAUGUCUCUCAAAAUUUAGUAUAAAAAUGCUUGUUUUCUUUGGAAAAAUUCAUACUUUUACAUGCAGCGCACAACACAAAACUUCUACUCUCUCAUCAUCUAGUUUAGCUUAUUCUCUGCGCAAGCAAUUAUGGACCGUAAUGCAAACAUAUCAGACCCUCCAUUUGAAGAGACAUACAAAAACCUCUUCCUCAAACACAAUAUUACACCCCUCACCACCACCACCACCACCCCAACCAUCGAAGUCCGUGACUUACCCCUAAUCGACUUGUCCCGGCUGGUGGCUACCGCGGCCAAAGAGCGAGAAAACUGCAAAAGAGACAUCGCGAACGCCUCGAGGGAGUGGGGGUUUUUCCAAGUGGUGAACCACGGCAUACCGCGCCGUAUGUUAGAGGAAAUGAACAAGGAACAAGUGAAAGUGUUUAGGGAGCCAUUCAACAAGAAAAAGGGGGAUAAUUGUAUGAAUUUAAGGCUAUCUCCUGGAAGUUACCGUUGGGGUUCUCCAACACCUAAUUGUUUAUCACAAUUAUCUUGGUCUGAAGCUUUUCACAUUCCUAUGAAUGAUAUUUGCAGCACUGGAAAUCCUCAUGUUAGCAACCUAUGCUCAAGGGUGAAACAAUUUGCCACAACAGUAUCUGAACUUGCGAAUAAAUUGGCAAAUAUAUUGGUAGAAAAAUUGAGUCAUGAUGAACUGACCUUUAUUGAGGAAAAGUGUUCACCAAAUACAUGUUAUCUAAGGAUGAAUAGAUACCCACCAUGCCCUAAAUAUUCCCAUGUUCUUGGAUUGAUGCCACACACAGACAGUGACUUCCUCACAAUUUUAUACCAAGAUCAAGUUGGUGGAUUGCAGCUUGUUAAAGAUGGAAGAUGGAUAUCGGUUAAGCCUAAUCCUGAGGCCCUUAUUGUUAAUAUUGGGGAUCUAUUCCAGGCUUGGAGCAAUGGUGUGUAUAAGAGUGUGGUGCAUCGAGUUGUUGCGAAUCCAAGGUUUGAGAGGUUUUCAACAGCGUAUUUCUUGUGUCCGUCAGCUGAUGCUGUUAUACAGAGUUACAAGGAGCCUUCAAUGUAUAGGAAGUUUAGUUUUGGAGAAUACAGACAACAAGUUCAACAAGAUGUUAGGAAACUUGGUCAUAAGAUUGGACUAUCUCGCUUCCUCAUACACAAAUAAUAGUAUUUGUCUACAAAGUAUGUAAAUUGAGACUAUAAAGUUUCUUUUUUGUGGUAUAAGGUCUAAAAUAACUAAUACUCUUACUCUUAAAUUAGGGUAGGGUCUGAUAGGGUUAAGGUAAGGUCUUGUUUCGUUGACCCAUUGCUAUCCCUAGUUACACAGAUAGAAUAAAACUCGACUUUUUUUUUUGUAUGUGGUAAGCGAGGAAUAAUUGGUGUGAAUGAGGACAAAGAGCUCAUAAUUCAAGCCAAAGAAAGAUGGAUUAAUUUCCAUCUAGGAUAAAGUUUGUGUUCGUAUUCAAGGAUGUUAGUUCUAGAUAUAUUGCUAGCUCUAAGAAUUAAGUUGAAACAACUUUGUUUUGUAUUUGAAUCAAUUUCCCAACGUCGUUGGCCUUCUCAAUGACAUUUGUACAUCGUGUAUGUAAAUGAAUGAUGCUUCUAUUAAUCUUAUUUGUACUAUUUGCUUA